AUGACCAAUUUCACCACAGUGACUGAGUUUCUCCUCACGGGCUUUGCUGAGAAGUGGGAGACAAGGCUUCUGCUCUCCCUGCUAUUCCUUCUGAUGUACCUGGUCACCCUCACAGGGAACAUUCUUAUCAUCAGUGCCACCACAGUUGACCAGAACCUUCACACGCCCAUGUACUUCUUCCUCAGGAACCUGUCCAUCCUAAACGUGUGCUAUGUUUCUGUCACUGUGCCCAAUGCCUGUGUCAACUAUGUCACUAAUAACUGGGCCAUCUCAGUGGCUGGCUGUGCAACCCAGAUAUUCUUGGUCAUUUAUUUUGCGUUUGUAGAAAUUCUGUUUCUCAUGUUCAUGGCCCAUGACUGCUAUGUGGCCAUCUGCCAGCCCCUCCACUACCCUGUCAUCAUGAACCAUCAGUUCUGUGUGCAAAUGACACUAUUUUCCCUGCUUAGUGGUCUUCUCUACUCAGGUGCACACACAGUUGGUGAUGUUUCCUUUAUCUUCCUCACCAUAUCGUACUUUCACAUAUUUUCCACCAUACUGAAGUUUCCAACCAGAGAGCGAGGCAAGGCCUUUUCCACGUGUGUCCCUCACAUCCUGGUGGUGUCUGUCUUCCUCAGCUCUAUUGCCUAUGUGUACCUGAAGCCUUUAGCAACUUCUGAAACCAUCCAGGACAUGAUUCUUUCUGUAUUUUACACCAUAGUUCCUCCUUUCUUGAAUCCUAUUAUCUAG